AAAACAUCUAAAACCACUGUAAUUCCCAAUAACAUAUAAAACUGAGCCACUCGCUUCAAUUGUCUAAGAAACAGUUAAAUCCUCUAACCGUCGCCGGCACCGGCAAAAUCCGUUACCGGUAGCCGUCAUCCUCCAAACAACAGAAUCACCAAAUCACCGCCAAUAUGGACCUCGAAUCCACCAAAAUGUUGAAACACUCCGGCCGCCAUUCACCGCCGCCGGAGUCCUUCGCCGACAAGAUCUACCAAUUCCGCGGCGCCUUUCUAAUGGUGGCACUUCCUCUCCUCCUCGUCACACUUAUACUUUACGUCAGGCCUUCCGCUUCUUCCAAUGAAUCAAUCGAAGAUUACGCCCUUACGCACCGUAAGAUUUCUCCCGAUCGUAUACCGUCGGAAUCUUUUGCCGUCAUUUUCGACGCUGGUAGCUCCGGAAGCCGCGUUCACGUCUUUCGAUUCGAUCGGAAUCUUGAUCUCGUUCACAUUGGUAAAGAUCUUGAGGUUUUCUUGCAGCUUAAACCUGGUUUGAGUGCUUAUGCACAGUAUCCACAACAGGCAGCAGAAUCUCUUAUUUCUCUUUUGGAUAAAGCGGAAAGUGUUGUUCCUUUGGAGUUUCGCUCCAUGACACCAGUUAGAGUUGGGGCAACUGCAGGAUUGAGGGCUUUGGAAGGGGAUGCUUCUGAUAAGAUCUUGCAAGCGGUCCGAGAUUUGCUUAAGCAAAGAAGUACUCUAAAAUCCGAGCCUAAUGCGGUUGCUGUGCUAGAUGGAAACCAAGAAGGUGCUUUUCAAUGGGUGACUAUUAACUAUCUAUUGGGAAAGUUGGGAAGAGAUUAUUCAGACACUGUUGGAGUAGUUGAUCUUGGAGGUGGAUCUGUUCAAAUGGCAUAUGCAAUCUCAGAGACAAGUGCUGCCAAGGCUCCAAAAAAAGUACCGGAUGGAGAAGACCCUUAUGUCAAGGAGAUGUUCCUAAGGGGAAGGAAAUAUUACCUCUAUGUUCACAGUUACUUGCGCUAUGGUUUACUAGCAGCUCGUGCUGAGAGUUUAAAGCAAUCUGAUGAUUCUGGAAACCCUUGCAUCUUAGCUGGCUAUGAUGGAUCUUACAAGUAUGGAGGUAAGUCAUUUAAUGCCUCGUCCUCCCCUUCUGGCUCAAGCUUGAAUGAAUGCAAAAGUAUAGCUCGUAAGGCUCUCAAGGUUGAUGAGUCACCAUGUACACAUAUGAAGUGCACUUUUGGUGGGAUAUGGAAUGGUGGUGGCGGUGAUGGACAGAAGAACCUUUUUGUUGCCUCAUUUUUCUUUGACCGGGCUGCCGAGGCUGGUUUUGCUGAUCCAAAAUCACCCGUUGCAAAAGUGCGUCCUGUUGAUUUUGAGGAUGCAGCUAAGAAAGCUUGUCAAACAAAACUCGAGGAUGCCAAAUCCACUUAUCCACACGUUGAGGAUGGGAACCUUCCAUAUUUAUGCAUGGAUCUUGUAUACCAGUAUACAUUGCUUGUUGUUGGAUUCGGCCUAGAUCCAUUUCAGCAGAUUACAUUAGUGAAGCAAGUUAAAUAUCAUGAUUCUCUUGUUGAAGCUGCAUGGCCCCUAGGCAGCGCCAUAGAAGCUGUAUCAUCUAUACGAUGACACCGGUAUAAUUAUCAAUGUCUUAAAGUAUUGGGAUGUGAGUUUUAUCGGGACUUCAAGAAUUUUUGGAGGGUGAAAUUACUGUCAUUCAUGAUGAUCAGAAAUUGCUGUCAGGUAGAAAUUCAAUUGUAAAUUAGCAUAAUAAACUUUAAGAAUAAACGAUAGAAAAUGGCUUCAUUAUUUUUCAUUUGUAAUUAUUUUACAGCUUUAGAAGACUAAUUAUAUUCAUUUUGUUCAUCUAUUUUUUGUAGUCUUCAGAGAUGAACCCAAAAUUUUCAUUCUGUAGAAAAAAUUAUAUUUAUUUAUUAGCUAA